AUGAAGGGCUCUCUCGCUCUUGGCAGCCUGAUGGGCGCAACUGCCCUCGCCCAAACAUUGACUACAUCCAUGAUCGAGUCGAUGGGAAACAACUCUCUCUUCACCAGAUGGCGUCCUCAGAACCAUUUCAUCGCUCCCGCAGGUUGGAUGAACGAUCCUUGCGGUCUCAUGUACGAUCCCACAGAGGACCUGUACCAUGCCUUCUAUCAGUGGCACCCUUUGCACAUCAACUGGGGUAACAUCUCCUGGGGUCAUGCCACCUCCAAGGACAUGAUCUCUUGGACCGAUGUUGGUGGCUGGCAGGGCAGAGAUGCUCUGGCCAUGGGACCUUCUGGCAACGGCAGCUACAACGGCCUUGGUAUCUUCUCUGGUACUGGUCAGCCCGUCAACUUGACCGGUGGUGUUGACGGAACUUUGCUCCUCUUCUACACCUCGGUUUCCAAGCUUCCCACAAGUUGGAGCAUUCCUUACCAGAAUGGAACCGAGAGCCAGAGUCUGGCAAUGUCUCACGAUGGCGGUAAGACAUGGCAGCAGUACGAGAACAACCCUGUCAUCGAGGGCCCUCCUGGCCACUGGAACAUUACUGGUUUCCGUGACCCAUUCUUCGAGCCUCUGCCCGCUCUUGAUGCCCUUCUUGGUCGUGAGCCUUCUUACUACGCCGUGUUCGGAAGCGGCAUCAAGGGCGUUGGUCCCCGCAUGCCUCUGUGGGCCGCACCUGCAUCAGACCUGACCAAGUGGACUUUCCUCGGUUCCCUCUUCGAGCCUGCCGACAACAGCUCUCUCGGCCCAGUGCUCUCCACUGGCUCGUACGGCUACAACUUCGAAGUCUCUGGCUUCUUCACUCUCCCUGAUGAGGAUGGUCACCUGCACUACUUUGUCAACAUGGGAUCUGAAGGUGGCAACGUCUCUUUCCAUGAGUCUGCCCACUGGGCUCUCUGGAACGAGGGUCACGUCACUCGCCGCGCCAACGGAUCUGCUGAGUUCACUCCUAUUUCUGGCGGUGCUGGCGAUUGGGGUCUCCUCUAUGCUCUCUCCAGCUUCAACGACACCAAGAAUGACCGUCGCGUUCAGUACGGAUGGGCACCCGAAGACAUCACUGGUGACGGUGGUCUCUUCUCUGCUAAGCAGCAAGGUUUCCAGGGCGCCUUGUCUCUCCCUCGUGAACUUUUUGUCCACACCGUCAAGAACGUAGUGAACAUGGAUGGUGUUGUCACUGAGAUGGGCAGCUCUUACCUCACUCAAAACCUCGAUGGUAGCUUCACAGCUCAGACUCUUGGUGUCAGACCUCUUGACGAUGUUGUCGUCGGUCUCCGCAAUGGCUCUACUCAGCACUCGUGGCCUGGUCGCACUUACAACGGUAGCCAGACUCUUGUUGCAAAUGGCAGUGCCCACAUGGAACUUAGCGCUGUCAUUACCAGCGCCACUGGUCCUGCCGGUUUCAGAAUUGGCUGCAGCCCUGACGGUCGCGAGUACACUACUAUCUACUACCAGCCUGCCAACAACACUGUUGUCGUUGACCGUAGCCACUCGUCUCUUCUCGAUGGCUUUGCCAACUCUUCUGUUAUUGGCUACUUCCACCCUUACACCACCCAGGGCGAAUAUGGUAACGCCACUCAGGAGGCUCUGUCUUGGGACAUCUUUGUCGAUGGCUCUCUGGUUGAGAUCUACCUCAAUGAGCGUUUCGCCCUUACAACCAGAAUCUACCCCAGCAUGGAGAGCAGCACCGGUGUCAGUGUCUACGUUCCCAGCGGUUCCUCUGCCACUUUCGAGGGCAUUGACAUGUGGUCAACCUUGUACAAUGUCUGGCCCGAGAGACCUUUGAACUCUUCUAGCGAGCUUGUUUGGGACACUGUCGAACAGACCAACAACCGCACCUGGUGGACCGGCAACUAA